GAACAUAAACAAACCGGAAUCCGGUCCAGCUUGAAGAUGGCAGCACCCGGUGCCGGCGCUCCUGGCCGGCUGGUCCAGUACGUGGUGGUCCGCUCGGAUCUGGUCCACCAGCUUUCGUGGCCCCUGGGGGCCGUGAUCACCCAGGCCUGCCACGCCGCCACCGCCGCGAUCCACCUGCACUACGGGGACCCGGACACGCAGCGGUACCUGGAGGAGCUGGACUCCAUGCACAAAGUGGUGCUGGGGGCUCCGGAUGAGGCCGCUCUCUCCGGGCUCUCCGACACCCUGACCCAGGCGGGAGUCUCCCACAAACUGUGGAUCGAGCAGCCGGAGAACAUCCCCACCUGUCUGGCUCUGAAGCCUUACCCCAAAGACGCCGUGCAGCCGCUGAUGAAAAAGUUCAAGCUGUUUAAGUGACUCUUCGUUGAAGUGGCAACAAGCGUCCACUGGGGGGCGCCAGAAACAAGCUGUAAAUAAUCUCAGCUGGUUCAAUGUUUACGUGAAUAAAUUCUGGUUCAAGAGGAACAUGUCAG